AUGGUGGACAUGAGAAGAGUGUUGUUCCUGGCAUUUUGUCUUGCCAUGGCAUUGGCAGGACCAACUCCAGUCGUUCUUUGGCAUGGAAUGGGUGACAGUUGCUGUAACCCUCUUAGCAUGGGGUCCAUAAAGGGUCUGAUUGAAAAACAGGUCAAGGGAGUUUAUGUGAAAUCUCUGGAGAUUGGAAAUAAUAUUGUUGAGGAUACAGAGAAUGGAUUUUUAAUGAAUGUGAAUCAGCAGAUUGACCUUGUGUGUGGUCAACUCUCCAAGGACUCUAAACUUCAGUCUGGCUACAAUGCCAUUGGAUUCUCCCAGGGUGGACAGUUCUUAAGAGCAAUAGCUCAGAAGUGUCCAAAUCCCCCCAUGCUGAACCUCAUCUCUGUAGGGGGCCAACAUCAAGGUGUGUAUGGAUUUCCCCGUUGCCCUGGUGAUAAUAGCACACUGUGCGAUAUUGUCAGAAAGCUGCUGAAUUUAGGUGCAUAUAACAGUUUUGUUCAAAACAAUCUUGUCCAAGCGGAAUACUGGCAUGACCCUCUCCAAGAGGAGGAAUAUAAAUCGAAGAGUGUGUUCUUAGCUGACCUGAAUCAGGAAAAUAAGAGAAAUGAGACCCAGAAGAACAAUUUGCUGAAGCUGAAGAAUUUUGUGCUGGUGAAAUUCUUACAAGAUGAGAUGGUGGACCCUAGGGACAGCGAGUGGUUUGGCUUCUACAAACCUGGACAAGCAAAAGAACUCUUCACCCUUUUUGAGUCACCACUCUAUCAAGAGGAUUGGCUGGGAUUGAAGACGAUGAACAGUACUGGUCGCCUCCACUUUCUGGCCUCUCCAGGUGACCACCUACAAUUUACAGAGCAGUGGUUCAUUGACAACAUAGUCUCCAAGUUCCUCAAGGGAUAGCUCCUGCACUGUCAGUUACCAUAAAGGAGAUUACAACUGAUACAGCAAUUCAUCAAUGCUCUUCAAAAACCUACUCCCAAGUUUUCCCUCUGUUGAUCAGUAGAUUAUUUCCCUUGAUUUAAAAUGAAUAACUUAAUAUGAUUCAUCUUUGUACAGGCUUUGUACAGGCUACAGGAGGUAUUUUUCAAUUUAUUUAUCAAGUUGCUUUGAUAAACUUUGUUUUUUUAGUUUAACAAAGUUAAUUUGUAUGUCACAUUUACUGAAAAGUCCAUGUUGUUUUGUGAUCAAGUCUUUGUAUGAUUUAAUCCUGUAUGGUCAUCCACAGUAAUUAUUGAUCAUUUUGAAUGUUUUCAUUUGCUUUUUAUGUAUUCAUUGAAUGAAACAAACUCAGCUGACACAUCACAAUAUUUGCAGUACCGUUAUAUAUGGUUUUCCCGCUAUUCUCCACCAAUUCAUGCAGGGUACUAACUGUACUGCAAGUACAGCAUAUAAUAAUAAUUUUAAAAAGGCAUUUAUCUUGUGAAAAAUAUCAACAUAUGGUGUAUUCAGUGGAUAAAUUCCCAACACAAAAAGUAUUGUUGUGUCAUCUAUGUUAAAUGCUUAUCUUUGGUGUAUCAUGUUACUUAAAUUGUCUUUCCUGUGCUAUAAUUUGUCCGUUGAAUUUUUUUAUUUGAAUAUUUGUAUGAUUAGAGAUUGUAAGAGUGAUAUUUAUCAGUGUCCUGAAUUUGACACAAUAUGAUUGAGUAUUCAUGUUUAUCAAAUAAAAACUAUUUUCGUA